AUGUCGCAUCUAAGGUUGGCACCUCAUCUCAAGCCCGAGGUCCGUCUAGCACAGGUCGUCUCUGAAUUUGAAGCCGAGCUAUCAAAUGAACACAAAGCAAACUUCCGCGCUUGGAGAUCGAAAUCAAUUGGAUCUCCUCCUGGCAUUCAAGAUGUCAUGCAGCUUACUGCAGAGAUUGAUCGGGCGUCAGAGAAGCGACGCCGGUGUUUGGGGCCGCGAUUGACUAACAUCCUCCUCGCCACUCAGCAAUUUGCCGCAAUGGGCGAUAUCAUAGUUGGCGGGUCGCAAAAUGUCCUUGCGUGUGGGGUGUGGGCAAUUGUGCGAAUGUCUCUGGUGUUGAUUAUUGACUUCUCAUCGUAUAUGGAGAAACUUUCUAGCGUUUUCAUGGCUGCUGGCCGUUUGGCUCCACGUUAUGAGAAGAUGGCUCUCCUCUACGCUCGCUCGAAAGACUUACAAUCGUCGCUUUGUGAAUAUUUCAUAUUGAUUGUCCGAGUUUGUCAUGAUAUGGUGUCUUUCGCGCGGAAAUCAGCAUUUGGAAAGUUAACUGCUGCGUUCAGUGAGCCUGAUCUCAAGACAUACCAGUCGGAGUUGGAGUCUUGGGGGAAGACCAUACAAAGCGAAGUCAGCUUUCUGAUGGCGAAAAGGCUCGAAGACGAAGCUAAUCUGAAUGCACGAUUUCGGGCAGUGUCAAACAUCUUUCAAAAGUCAAGCUCAUAUCACCAAUCUCUUCAAACAAAACAACGAGUGCUUGAUUUCUGCUCACAAUAUGACUGUACGGUGUCUUGGAAGCAGAUUCGAAAGGCCGGAACUACUGUCUUGUUCCGCAAGAGCACUCAGUAUCUGAAUUGGAAGGCCAUGCCGCUUUCUUCUACUCUGAUCUACACCGCCAGGCUGGGGUCUGGGAAGUCGGUUUUGCUUGCCAACAUUGUGGAUGAUCUUCACAUCGAUAACGAAGAAACGGUCGCAUACUUCUUCUGUCGACACGACAUUACUGAAAGCCUGAAAGCGCGGACUAUAAUCGGGUCCCUGGCUCGACAAUUUUUGCAAGGGAUUUCAGACUUCACUGCUGCUGCGGAGUACCUCGAUAAGUCCGAACAGGUAGAUCCUUGUGAGAGACUGACCGGGCUGGUCAUGAUUUGCCUUUCGUCUUUUCCAAAAACACAUCGAUCGUUCUUGGUCAUUGAUGGUUUAGACGAGCUCGACAGUGUCGAAAGGGAUAUGGUGGUAGCAACGCUCCAAUCACUGCAAAGUGACACAUAUACAAUUCUCAUUUGCCUCUCCCUUCGCGAUGAGGCAAAAGAGAUGCACUCCCAAGAAGUGUUCUCCAAGUUCGCCGCCACAAACGUCUCUGCCAUUCCAAACAAUUCUCUCGAUAUUGAGUCGUUCAUCGAGGAUGAGCUCGAAAGCCGAAUUGAAUCUGGGCGGCUUUCGCUUGGUGAUCCUGUUUUGAUUUGUGAGAUCCAAGAUGCUCUCUUGGAGGGAUCGCAGGGGAUGUUCCUUUGGGUGGCUCUUCAAAUCGAAUCACUUUGCACUUUGAAUAGCGACCAGGAAAUUCGAGAUGCCCUUUUUGACCUACCAAAGGACCUCUCGGAGACAUUUUCUCGUGCCUUGAGAGCCGAUUCCGCGAACCAUUAUCAGAAAAAGAUAUUGUCUCUGUUGACUGCUGCCAAGCGACCCCUCACAACAGACGAACUCAGGGAGGCAUUAUGUGUUGUUCCUGGCGACUUGGUUUGGAACCCGUCCAGGCUUCUCAACAACAUGUAUGGCACGUUAGCCUGUUGUGGCAGUCUGGUCACUGUUGAUGAAGAAGAAUCAACAUUGCACUUGGUGCAUCACAGUGUUAAACAAUUUCUGCUGGGAGAAUUCAAAAGCUCGACAGAGAAGAUAGUCAAUAUCGACGACUCUCAUCAAAUGAUGGCCGGUAUUGUGCUGACGUAUCUCAACUACAACGUCUUCGAGACCCAGCUGUCAACAACUGUCAUCCCACAAAUAAGGGCAGGCUCCCUGCCAUCGGAGGUAAUAUCAUCGACCUUUAAAUCCUCAAAUUCUGUUCGGAGUAUGGCAAUCAAGCUUCUCAGAUCCCGAAAAGCAUCUGAUUUUGAUAUCGGAAAGAUCGUUUCCACAACAAAACCACAUAAAAAUGAUUCCGAGGGCCAUUUCUGCUUCUUUGAAUAUGCAAGUUCGUCAUGGCUGUAUCAUGUCAUCCACGCUUUUGAUCUUCCUGAGAACAUUGAUGGUUUACUGGUCAGACUUCUAGACCGAAGAUCAUCCAUCAAUCUCAAUACGACAGACAAAGACAUCCAAAAUCUAUUAUCAUGGUCUUCCAAAAAGAAGCAAUAUGCAGCCCUGUUCCAGAUUCUUCUCGAGUCCGGAAACAUGACCACCACCGAAAGACAUUCAAUUUUAGACGAGGUAUACAAGGCUGCGGGUGAGGGACAUGGUGCAAUGGUCAAGGUUCUCUUGAGACGUGGUAGACUUGAGGAUGGUCUGGCUCACAGUGAGUUGGAAAUUGUGGGAGAUGUUCAGGGAGAAGUUACAAAUGAUUCUUCGCUCGGUGAAAACAGUCCGUCUUCCCAGCAAGAAGAACAUUCACUAUAG